AUGAAGCCGAACCAGUUCCAAAUAUCGUCCCCUCAAUAUUUCCCCCUAAUUUUGGGCGGUUUUCUACGGACCCGAUUCAUCGUUCUGAUCUCUCUGAUCCUUCCUUAUUUGGUCGUGGAAAGGUCCUUGGCGACUAAAUUCGUCAAAGACUACGAGAACCAGCCGAGGAAGUUCAUUUCCAUUCUGGCGUUGGUUUUCGGCCAGAUUUUCGCCACGAUUGUCAGUGCUUCGGCAAUUCUAACCAUUAUUGGAAUUCUCGAAAUUGUCGCCUUUGCUUUUGUUGUUAAUGCGGCGGCGUCGAUGGUGAGUUGUGAAAAAAUAAAAAAAAAUCAUCAAAAAUCCAAAAAAUGUCAAAAAUUGGGGUCCUAAGGAAGUUUUCAGUGACCUCUUUAGGGUUUUGAGAGUGUAGUGGCCCCUAUAGUAGUCGAAUCACUAGCCACUUCAGUGGCAAAAACUUAGAGGCUUGUUUAAAAGUCUCAUUGUACUACUAGGCCACUAAAAACUACUAUAGUGGCCACUAAAACGCAGAAUUCUUCUAUGGGAGUGGUCACUUUAGGGAUUCCAUUAUUGGAAUUCUCGAAAUUGUCGCCUUUGCUUUUGUUGUUAAUGCGGCGGCGUCGAUGGUGAGUUGUGGAAAAUUCAAAAAAAUCUUUUAAAAUCCUAAAAAUCUUAAAAAUCAGGGUCCUAAGAAAUUUUUAAGGGGGCACUUUAGGGUUUUGACGUUUUAGUGGCCCCUAUAGUAGUCGAAUCACUAGCCACUUCAAUGGCAAAAACUUAGAGGCUUGUUUAAAAGUCUUAUUGUACUACUAGGCCACUAAAAACUACUAUAGUGGCCACUAAAACGCAGAAUUCUUCUAUGGAAGUGGUCACUUAGGGAUUCCAUUAUUGGAAUCCUCGAAAUUGUCGCAUUUGCUUUUGUUGUUGAUGCGGCGGCGUCGAUGGUGAGUUGUUGAAAAUUCAAAAAAAAUGUUAAAAGUCGAAAAAAUCAUCAAAAAUCCAAAAAAUGUCAAAAAUUGGGUUCCUAAGGAAAUUUUCAGUGACCACUUUAGGGUUUUGAGAUUGUAGUGGCCACUAUAGUAGUCGAAAUAGUGGUCUCUUUAGUAGUCUAAGUUUACUACAAGACCACUAAAAACUACUUUGAGGCCUUUAAGAAGAAAAAUAGUGGCUUCUAUAGAGCUGGUUCUAGAGGCCACUCAAGGGUUUUGAGAUUGUAGUGACUACCAUAGUAGUAGAAUUAUUGGCCACUUAAGUGACUAAAGUGUAGUGGCCCCUUUAGAAGUCUAAUAUUACUACUAGAUCCCUGGAAACUACUUCAGUGGCCACUAAGACAAAAAAUAGUGGCUUAAAAAAAGGGGUCUUAGUGGUCACUUUAGGGUUUUGACGUUUCAGGAGCCACUAUAGUAGUCAAAAUAAUGGACACUACAGUGACAAAAACUGAGAAAAACUCUUUAGAAAUCUAAGUUCACUAUUUAGACUACUCAAGACUACUACAGUGGCCAAUUAGACGCAAAAUAGUGGCUUCUAAAGAAGUGGUCUUAGUGGUCACUUUAAGGUUUUGACGUUUUAGUGACCACUACAGUGGCUGAAAACAAGAUCUCUUUAGAAGUCUAAUAUUACUCCUAGACCACAAAAAACUGCUUUAGUGGCCACUAAGACGAAAAAUGGCGGCUUCUAUAGAAGUGGUUCUAGUGGCCACUUAAGGGUUUCGACGUUUUGUAGACCCCAACUACUUUAGUGGCCACUAAAACGGAAAAAAAACUGCCACUAUAGGAGUGGUUCUAGUGGCCACUUUAGUGUCCCCUCCACGUAGUCCUUGAGGAAGCUCUUAAGUGACCACUAGAGUUUUCUCAGUCAGUUCAAAAAAUUGAGACCCGAAAAUCGGAGAGAAAAAAACAUGAUACUUUAUUGAGUCUCUUCAAAAUCUGAUCAGAAUCGGGAUAUUUUUUCUGAUUUUUGAAAUGAAAAAAAAUCCCAAAUUUCUCAAAUUCCGACUCUUUGCAGAUGUUUGCUGUCCUGAACCACCGUAAUCAGCAGCUGAUUUUGAAAAUAAACUCGUUUCGCGUCAACGACGGCCGCUACACCCUGGCCAAGAAGUUCCAGAUCGAGGAAAAUCUUCGGGUUUUGAUUGUGAGUUUUCAAGAUAGUCUGACCUUUCUGCGCUCUCUUUUCACUUGCCGAGAAGCUAAUAGAAACACGAAAAAAGCACUCCAAGACGAGAGGGUGCAGAGAAAUCAUAGUUUUUCAAAGUAUUUGCAAGAGAACUACAGCCAAAACAGAAGAAAAAUGCGUUAGACUGAAAAAAUACCGUGAUGACGUCAUUAAAUUGAGAGAAAAUGACGUCAUUAAAAGUAAAACUAUGAAACGAACUGUCUGCGCUCUCUUUUCCCUCACAGACAAGGUCAUAGAAACAAGAAAAUAGCACUUAAAGACGAGAGGGUGCAGAGAGACUUAUGACGUCAUAAAGUUCAAAAAAUGACGUUCAGAACUUCGAAGUGACGUCAUUAAAAAAAUACCAAGUUUGGUAAAAUCUUGGGACCUCAUUCCCUAUGAUGAAUAAUCAAAAAGCCGAAAAAGAAAAAAAAAUCCAGUGACGUCAUAAAAAAAAAGUUUGAUGACGUCAUAAAAUGUAGGAUGGUUAGAGUCUGACCUGUCUGGGCCCUCUUUUUCUCUCAUCGUCAAAGUCAAAGAAUAAUGGUAAGAGCACGUGACAUCAAGAGGGUGCAGAGAGACAUGUAAGUUGCUCUGAUGACGCCAUAAAAUUCAAAAAAUGACGUCAUAAAUUUCGAAAUGAUGUCAUCACAACAUCUGUGAUGAAAAAUCUGCGCGGAAAAAAAAUCCAGUGACGUCAUAUAAAUAGCUUGAUGACGUCAUGAAAUGUAUGAUUGGCACAGUCUGACCUGUCUGCGCCCUCUUUUCCCUCAUCGUCGGUGUUAGAGAACAAUGAAAUGAGUAAGUAAAGACGAUAGAGCGCAGAGAAGCCACACAAAAAUCAGGCUUAAAAAAAUUCGAAAAUCCAGAUUCAGGCCUUCAAAUACGUCCUAAUCAUCGUUGGAUUGGUUGGUGCUCUGAUUUUGAUCACUUUCGUUUUGGGUUAUGUCAACUUUUUGCCGUCCGGAAUGAAUAUUGUCGAUCAUCUUCUUAUAGAACUACUGGUCUACAUGUGA